UCCGGUGUAGACGUGCAAAAAUCGGUUGCCGUGAGAUCUACUUUCGGUGUGGAGCCCCCAAACCGGGAAAGGUCCAAGGUGUGUGUGGGUGGGUGCUGCAAGUAAAUUGGAACGUUACAGGCGUUACUGAUCGCAUUUUUUCCCUUCGUGGUGCAAAACGUUGGGGCAGGUUGAUUUAAAGUGCGGCGGAGUGUCCACCUACGCGCCAUGUGAGAAGACGACGACGGGCACGGUGAUGUCUACAGUUGUGGUAGGCCAACUGGUGUGCGAAUGCGAUGUGAGUAGCGUGUUCGGUUGGGGAUGCUCAAGAUGCGGAGCAGUUGAAGGUGCGGGAAGUGAUAGCGGUGCGUAAACGGGCAUCGGUGGUGUCCCUUCAUUACGGUGCGUGCAAGAAAAAGCCAAUUUGAUUGAAAUGGAUUAUCUCUUGGAAGGCUUUCGGUGCGAGUGACUGUGGUUAAUUUAUACAAUUACUAGGAGUUGUUUUUCGCCUCUAGAGUCCAUCAGCUGGGGUCUACAACAUUAGGACGUGUAUUUUUUUUUAUCUAAAAAUAAGAAAGGAUAGGAUCGAUAAACCUCAUAGGAAACCAAUAUCCGACCUUUUCUUCUGCCCCAGAGAGUAGAAUGGUGAAAAAAAUCAACCUUAAAGAGUUACGUGCUUGCGAGUAAAUCAACUAACGAUUUGAAUCGAGAAGAAAGUGAACCACUGUUGGAAGAAUUUUGCAGACAACAUACGAUUGGAUACUGUGGUACCAAAACAGAAUAAACGAAUAAAAAAACAACCGCUGAAUGCAACACAGCAAGUUCCAUGGCGAGUGCGAAUGCUGAUGAGUAGGUGAACUUGUUUUUCCUACCGCCUCCGAAUUAAAAGCUUCGCUGGCUAAAGAGUGAACCCGUGUGUGGACAACGUCUUACGAACUGUGGCGCGAACCUGGACUGCGAAGAAGAACCACUGGAGCACCGUUCACUGGCCAAAGUAUAUCGUUGUGCAUGGAGUGCAGUGCAAUUUAUUGAAAAAUAAUUCUCCCAGGUGUUUACCGACCUGGAGGUCGGCAUAUCAGCCACCGAACUAUACCACAUCGUAAAUCUUCUGAAAAUCUAAGCGCACCAUCAUCCCAGAAGCACUCAACCAACGACAUAGGACCAAGGAUUAACUUUAAUACUGCUCCGACCGGGACGAAGGUCCACCAGAUUUGGGCACGCUUAGUUGCACACACACAUAAAAUUUUAAUCCCCAACCAGAGCCGGAAUUGGAACAGGCUCGGCAACGGUGUCGAAUCCGGUCAAGGUGACGGUGCUUGAUUGAAAUGGGAAAAUCUGAACGCAGCGAGCACCGCAGUGGGGUGGCAAACUGAAAUUCAUUAAUAUAAGGCGUCGGGUGACGUUCCUUUCCAGCAGAAGGAAGAAAACUCGGACAAUCGUCUGAAAAAUCAUUUUCAAGUGUUAUGGCCACCGAACCAGAACGGGUGUCCUUCCAUGCGGAUGGAAUUCCCCUACCGUGCAGUGUUUAGUUAGUGCUUGAGGCAUUCCCAUUUGUGACGAAUGCGAAUCAAUUCGGCGAAAAAUCCUCCUUAGAGUAUAAACUUUGGGAAAUUGAUUCUCCGAGGCAGAAAGUUGUGACAAGCGUCAGUGAAAAAAUAAAUAAAAAAUUCAAAUUGAAUUUCAUUUGCCUCCCUCUUCAAGUGGAAAGAGGCAAAUAACGGUGUUGGAUGAGAUCGUAUACGGAAAAGCGAAGGCAUGAAGAACGACAAAACGAACGCGUGCGAUAAAAAAUAAAAUAAAAUACUUCAGCUCAACAAGUGGAAGGAUUUCAACAUAAAAAAAUCAACCAACCAAUUACUACCAAAGGCAAAAAAGUACGUAACAAAAUUCGGAUGAACGGCGGAGGGAAUUGUGAAAAAGUUAAUUAUUAAAACAUAAAGCAGCUUUCGAGAAUAAAUCGGGUUGUGAUCGAACCGUAGAAAACGGAAGCAUGAAAAUAAAAGUUUCAAAGCGUAAUUAAUUUAUACGAAAGUAACAUCCGAACAUACUGGAAUUAUUCAUCAUAUUGGAGUGUGCCCGCGGUCUGUGAAAAGUUCGUUCCAAAGGGGAUUCAAGAAGACCAAUCACGGGAAAAGCAGCCACCAUCAACAACCAACGUCGAAGGGGCCGGAAGUCGGAGUCGAUAUAAAAUUCAACUGGUGGAAAAAGUCACGACCAGAAACCAGCCAGCAAAAUGACGAAUAAAAUGGCCAUGGAGUGGAUUACGGCCAUCGACAAGAGGCCCUGCGAGCGAAAUAUGCGGGACUGCGAGCUGAUAUCCUGUCGGUUGCGGCGGGUGGAACCGCUCUGUCGCCUGCCCGGUUCGGCCCUGCAGCAGCUGGCCAUGUGUGGCUUCUACGAGGACCUGGAAAAGGGAGUCACAUUGUUUCGUGCUGGCGAGCAGGGUCGCUACUGGUAUGCAGUGCUUGGAGGUCAGCUGGAAGUUCGUUACCACGGAGCGGAGGCCAAGGAUAGCAAGCUCUCGGUGACGCUAUGUAAUUUGGGCGUGGGUGCUACCUUCGGCGAAAGCAUCCUGCACGACUUGCCCCGGGACAGUACGGUGGUAACGAAGACGACUUGCGAGCUGCUCAGAGUGGAACAGGAGGAUUUUAGACUGAUAUUCGAGAAAAAUAAGGAAUUAAUGAACGACAUAAUCUCCAACUGUAAAUUAAAAAAUGGGUUCGGACAGAGCAUGCAAACUACCAGUUUGGUCCAGUCCGGGAUCAAUCAGCAGCAGCCAUCGCCGACCAAAAAACAGCUGAGUCCGGAUCACCCGAACCCGGCGCUGCCAAUAACCGAGGCACCCAGUCCUGCCAUGUCUCGGAUGGGAUGGGCGCUACGCACGCUCCUUGUAUCGGACAAUACCAGCUGCCUGAAGGACCGCAAGGUUGGUGGCAAGUUUAUUCGCAAGUGUGCCCCCGGUACCGAGCUGGUCGACUGGCUGCUGAAUCUGUCCCCCAUCGUGCACACCCGAACGCAAGCGGCCGGCAUGUGGCAAGCGCUGGUGGAGGAAGGCGUCCUCAGUCAUGUGGCAAAGGAGCAACCCUUCAAGGACAAGUGCUUUCUGUAUCGGUUCAAAGUGGACGAAGACGGAACGGCCGGUGGAUCGCCUUCCUCCGACGAUGUCAGCCAAGCGAACGACCACAUACGGGAAGCCCUGCCCGGUUUGCUGCACCGAGGACCUGAUGCGACACUGAGGAUGAUUCUGCGGAAACCAUCUCACGAGCGUACGCACGAAGAGCUGGAACUGGUGUACGAGGAACUGCUGCACAUUGCCGCCCUAUCACAUCUGUCAACGUCCAUCAAGCGGGAACUGGCAUCGAUUAUCGUGUUCGAGGCUCACGCCCAUGCCGGGACUGUGUUAUUUAAUCAAGGCGACGAGGGUCGCUCCUGGUACAUACUGCUCAAGGGUUCGGUCGAUGUGGUCAUACACGGAAAGGGAACCGUCGCGACGCUCAAGGAGGGGGACGACUUCGGCAAGCUGGCCCUCAUCAACGACGCUCCUAGAGCGGCAACCAUCGUGCUCAAAGAGAACAACUGUCACCUGCUGCGCGUGGAUAAGGAACACUUCAACCGGAUCCUGCGGGACGUCGAGGCAAAUACGCUGCGGUUGCAGGAGCACGGCAAGGACGUACUAAUUCUGGAGCGGGUUGCAAAACAACGAGGACACUCGGCUUUCAAAUACACUGUGAUGUCCGGCACGCCACAAAAGAUGCUGGAACACCUGCUGGAGACAAGACUGGGCGGUCAGGCGGGACCAAACGAUCCAUUUUUGGACGACUUUCUACUGACCCACAUUGUGUUUAUGCCGACGCCGAUUCUGAUCGAUGAGCUGGCGAGCACGUACCAUGCGGACACCGAGGUGGACAUGCGAACCGCCAGCGAGGAGGACCAGGAGUACUUUAUGACCUGCAAGCGGCGGGUGGUGCAGUUUAUCCAGCGGUGGGUCCUGGCGGUGCGGCACGCCGUGUUUGACGAUCCGCUGGCGGUGGAGUUUAUUGAGGAAAUUGCCACAGAUGUCGAGUCGGAAGGCGUACUGCAGGAAGAAGCCAGCAUCAUCCACCACGUGCUAACGCAAUUAUCUCGAUACCAGGAGGAUCGACAGAUGAAUGCGAGCCAAAAGUGGAAAUUGCCGCCCAACGGACAACCCAUUUGCCUAUUCAGUGGAAACACACACUCAAAGACUGUAAUACGACCGGAUGAUGACAUUAUCUUCCGGGUCUACUGUGCGGACCACACGUACUGUACCCUGCGCUUCCCGAUGUCGGCACCGGCCGAGGUCAUCAAAGCUUGCGCCGCCGAUAAGCUGCAGCUGGCGCGGAUGCCCGAGGACCUGUUGCUGGUCGAGGUGAAAUCCAACGGCGAACGGACGGUUUACAAGGACAACGACGUCAGCAUACCGACGGCGCUGAGUCUGAACGGACGAAUAUUCGUUUCGCCCAAGGACCAUCUGGAUGCACUGACUCCUCUUCCGGAGCAGGAACUACCAACAGAGGCGAUCGAUAUGGAUUUUGAAGCGCUUCCUACGAAGGACGUCGCCUAUCACAUGACGCUUUUCGAUUGGGAUCUGUUUUGGGCUGUGCACGAAUACGAGCUGCUGUAUCACACCUUUGGGAGGCAUCAUUUUAAUAAGAUCACUUCUAAUCUAGACGUUUUUAUACGGCGCUUCAACGAAAUCCAGUACUGGGUCGUGACGGAGAUCGUAUCGACAUCCAAUCUGACGAAGCGAAUGUCGUUGGUGAAGAAGUUCAUAAAACUAGCUGCCUUCUGCAAGGAGUACCAGAACCUGAACGCGUUCUUCGCCAUCGUAAUGGGCCUAUCGAAUAUGGCUGUGUCAAGGCUGUCGCAAACCUGGGACAAACUUCCUUCGAAGUUCCGGAAGCUGUUCUCCGAGUACGAGGCGCUAAUCGAUCCGAGUCGGAACCAUCGGGCCUAUCGAAUGUCCGUCGGCAAGCUGCAACCCCCGGUGAUCCCCUUCAUGCCCCUGCUGCUCAAGGACAUGACGUUCGCCCACGAGGGCAACAAAACCAGCCUCGAUGGACUGGUCAAUUUCGAGAAGAUGCACAUGAUGGCACAAACCAUGCGUACCGUUCGGUACUGUAGAUCCAGGCACCUUGUAUUGGAUCCACCCUCGCCGAAGAACGAAAACGAAAUUCGCCAGUACAUCAGCUGCUUCCGGACCAUCGACAACCAAAGAGUGCUGACGGCCAUGUCCCAAAAGGUGGAACCACGGCGAUCGUAAACAGAUCAAUUUCGAAGACAACGGGCUACUAAUAAGAGGAUAAGCGGGGCGUGAGAUGGGUCUCCAAAACAGCAGGACCCACGAAUAAGCAAGAAAAAAAAAAUUCAAACAAUAAUUUGGUAGAAUUUAUGUAUACUGUACUGUAUUGGGUGUGUACGUGUGUGCGUGUAAGAAGCAUAUCGAGUCUUGUUUCGUCGAAGGAUUCCCCCGCUUUUUGGAGGAGUUCGCGAUUACUAUUUUUCUUCAGUCUAGGAUAAGUUAGGAAGAGUGUGUGAGCAAAGUCUUAUGGUAGAUGUACUUUCUCGGGAAGCUGGGUGUGUGUGUAUGUAAGUGUGCAUGUUAAAAAUUAUUGUGAUUUUAUUGAACAACUAGAAAGAGUAUUUUAACUAUGUACAAAAAGCAUUAACUUUUUAAGGUUAUGUUCAUCUCAGUCAUUAUCUCACAGUUAAUGAAUACGUACUUAUAGGAUCAUAACAGCAUUAUCUUCUUGAAAGAAUAAUUUUCUACAAACUGUAAUCAAGCAGCAUUUUUGUUACAAUAUAUGUUCCAUUAUUUUUCUCAGUUUGUAUUUAUUUUUGUUAAUAAUUAAUUGAAUAAACCUUUAUAAUUUGUACUUUCCUAA